GAUUGAAAACCGACACAGCCCAAUUAGGCUUGUAUAUAUAAUCAGGCUCGGGUGGUUCAGACCCGAUUAAUUGCUAGGGUUAGAGUUCCACAAAAAUGUCGAAGAAGAACAAUUUGGGUCGCAGGAAGAGACAGUAUGAAUUCGAGCUUCGAAGGGAAAAAGAGCAGCUUGAGAAGCUAGCUAAGAAGCUUCAAGCCAGGAAGAGCAAGAUGAAGGUGGAUGGUACUGAGAAGAAGAAGAAAAAGGGUGCAAGUGGUUUCACUGUUGGCAAGAAAAAGUUGAAGACGAGACUGACACCAUUGGCUAAAGCAAAGGCUUCCCAGGCAAUGGAAGUUGAUAAAUAGUUGUGCUUAACUUAUCUAGUUUUCAGUGUCAACAAUUACCAGGGUCGUAGCACUUUAGGUCUGUUGGAAGAAGAUUUUGAAAUUCAUCCCAAUCUUGUUCACCGAGUUGAAGGUCUUUUCUUGCUUGAUAUAGAUCAAAUGUUUUUGUUUCUGUCUUAUUUUGAAGAUGUUCACUGCUCUGCUGAACCCUGUUUUGCGAAUAUAUUACAGAGUUGUAUUGUGGGAGCAUCCAGUUAUAAUUUUUAUAAACUUGUUUGAUUUACAUGGUCA